GUUGCUGUGUUUCUACUCGGUAAAUAAAUCUAGAAUCUUCUUUUUAUCAUCGCCACGGCCCACGGGGACGAUAUAUGAUAUCUACGGGAUUCCCUGCUCGUCGGAGUGAAGAGUAGCGCGGGGGGAGAUGUGGUGGGAGGGGUUCAAAGAAGACGACGAAGCCGAGCAAGAGGAGGAGAGAGAAUCGCCCUUAGAUUUCGACUUCAUCUCCCAACUAUCCAAGCCUAAGGAUUAUUACAAAAUACUGGAAGUUGAUUAUGAAGCUAAUGAAGAGACCAUUCGGUCAAACUUUAUCCGGCUAGCAUUGAAAUGGCAUCCAGAUAAGAAAAAAGGCGAGGAGAGUGCAACAUCAAGAUUUCAAGAGAUUAAUGAGGCAUACCAAGUUCUGAGUAAUCCUGUUAAGAGGCGAGAGUAUGAUAGGAAGGGAAUUCUGCGCAUCCAUGAUAACAAUGUUAUGGAUUACCUGAAUCGGUACAAGGGCUUAAUAUUGACAUGCAACGGUCUUGGUAUCAGACACUCAAUAUGGUAAAACUACAGGUUGCAGCAACUUUUUGAGCGAUCCUCUAUAUGAUGAAUGAUGUAUUACAGUUGGUUGUUUGCGGCUGUUUAGCACAUUAUUUUGCUUCACAGUAGUACGCUAGAAUAUGUGUUGGUAAAGAGAAAAAUGAAAGGCGGAUACCAACUUCCUUUUUAGUAUAUGCCCUCUUCACUCAUGUUGAUUAAAACCCUGAAAUCCUUUUGUAUCAUAUUAAACUACUGAAAAUGUAAUCUGUGUAGAUUUCAUUUAGAAUACUGUGUAGUAGAUUUUUAUUUUUUUAAUUUUUUACUUUUUUUUAUUAAAGACGGGGUUUACCCUAUUGGAGAUGUGGUGGAUAUUAUUUGGAAAAUCUGUCCGACAGAUUGAAAAUUAAUGACAGGUGAAACUAAACUAUUUUCGUUUGA